AUGGCAGAAAGAGAAGCCACAUCCACCGCAGUUUCUUUAACAAGCGUCACCAGUUUAGAGACACACUUGUCUUUCUUGACCCAUCCUCUGAAGAUCAGCAGUGGACUUUGCUCAGCUGGCAGUCUACUGUUGGAAUAUAUGUCCUUGACUACCUCCUACUGGGUAUUGGAGACAACUCACAGAGGCAUGGUUCAUAGUGGUCUCUGGAAGAUCUGCUUAGAUCCAAAAUGCCACCUGUAUCAGUUCAAUCUCUUAGCUUUGCACAUCCAUGUUACCCGUGCCUUCCUGCUGACAGCGCUCUUCUGUGGCCUCACAGGAUUGCUCUUCAUUUGCAUUUCUUUUGAACGUCAUAAGCUCUACGAGGUAUCGGUGAUAAAAGCAGCUGCCGUCUUCAGCUUCAGUGCAGGUUUCCUCAUCCUGGUUGCCAUGUCUCUAUUCACAGCCAUUCUUAGGAGUUCCCCAGGGUACGCCCAACAUUUACUAGUAUUUGGCUCAUCCUUCAGCUUGGGCUGGGCCUCCGUUCUUAUGUACAUCAUCACCGGUAUGCUACUUUUGCUGACUGACAAAACCAUCAUUUCUUAAGUCUAGGCAUCUACCCUUCCACUGGGACUUUUUAAAAAGUCACCCAUAG